AUGCUUUUGUUCAACCUCAUUCUCUCCUCUGCAGCAAUUGCUGCAGCUCUCCCCACUCCCGAGAGCUCAGAAGGCAACCAAUCCCAGCCCUUCUCCGGGCUCGCACCUUGGGACGCUGGCGCUGUGAACCAAUUUCCCAUCCACUCAAGCUGCAAUGCAACCCAGCGUCGCCAAAUCGAGCUAGGUCUUAACGAGACUAUUACUCUCGCUUCGCAUGCUAAAGAUCAUAUCUUGAGAUGGAGAAAUGAGAGUGAGAUCUACAAGAAGUAUUUCGGUGAUCGCCCAUCCAUGGAAGCCAUCGGUGCAUUUGAUAUCGUAGUCAACGGGGACAAGAAAGAUAUCUUGUUCCGAUGUGACAACCCCGAUGGAAACUGCGACAACAAAAGCUGGGCCGGACACUGGCGGGGCGAAAACGGCACGGACGAGACAGUCAUCUGCGACCCGAGCUAUGAAACUCGCCGCUCUCUCUCAACCAUGUGCGGACUUGGAUAUACAGUCUCGGAAUCCGAGACCAACACCUUCUGGGCUGCUGAUCUCUUGCACCGCUUGUACCAUGUUUCUGCCAUCGGACAGAACUGGAUAGACCAUUUCGCAGAUGGAUAUGAAGAGGUUAUUGACCAGGCGAAGGAAAAUGCGACGCUGUCAACGCGUGAUUCGGAGACUCUCCAGUACUUCGCACUGGAGGUAUAUGCUUAUGACAUUUCUGUGCCGGGAGUUGGCUGUCCUGGUGACCAACAUAAGCAUGAUGAAACCCACGCCGAGCAAACAACAUCCGCUGCUCCAACCGCAACAAAUACCGAAGCUCCUUCAGCAACCUCCGAAGUACCUGAGGUGAGUAGCUCUCUCGGUUGCAUCGUCGAGAUUCGAAACUAA